CUUUGCGGGUGCCUUGAGUUUGGCCUUACGCGCCUGAUUUGUCUCCGUACUCUGCGUCUUAUGCCUUUUGUCCUGCAUUUCAUGUCUUCUGUCGUUAUAACCAAUAGUAUACACAAAUCUAAAAGUUCAUUUUACUUACAAAUCAGGUAUGCAUAUCAAGAAGAGACUUCGCCGCUACAUAAGUAACAUAAUAAGCUUUACUAAUUCACACACUCGAAACACGCUUCGUGAUCGAUCUGCUGAUUUUUAUGCAAAUGAAGUUACAGAUGAAUUGGUUGAUCUCAUGCGUAAAGUUUGGCUUCCGAUUGUUGGUCCUGGUUAUGAAAUCAUAGUUUUACAUAUUCAUAAAUCUCGCGGAACAUCAAAUUUGGGCAUAAGCAUUGAAGGUGUGACCUAUGUGGCAGAACCAGAUUUCGAUCAUGAAAAUUUAUCAUCUACAACGGUUACAACUAAUAGUCAAAUUGAAGAUAAAUCUAAUUCAAGUAGUAAACUGUUACCAAAUGGUAUGGCAAGAUCUGCUCAUUCAAAUGAUAUCAAGUAUAGUGAUAUGCCAUCACGCCAUUUCGUCCAAUAUAUUGUACCUGAUGGUCUGGUCGGUAGUUUGGGUGUUGUGCAAAAGGGUGAUGAGUUACUUCAGGCUAACGGUCAUCGUAUACAUGGUACAACGCAUACUAGUACUCUUCGUUAUUUGCGCAAUUUACCAUCACGCAUUGAAUUAGUCUUUGCUCGUAAAAAGUCUACAUAUGAGAAUGGAGGUGAUGACGUGUUUGGUAUUACGGACGGUAAGGAUCGGUUGAUUGAUGUCGCAGGGGAAUCACUACUUGAAGUAGCUGCUAGUGAAAUUGGUUCUGUAGAUACUGGUUCAUCUAUGAAAAUAGUGAAUGCUUAUGAUAAUGUUGAUCGGUCAAUUUAUUCUAGUCCAGUAUCGCCGGCUACGGCCCAUAAACGUGUCACCGAAUGGAUUCGAAAAUCUCAAGGAGAUUUAAGUGCGACUAUUGACUAUUCAUCUUCACCUGAAUCUUCUGUAACUAAACAAACUAAUAAUAAAUCAGAAAGAUUCAAUUAUUGUGAUUUAAAACACCCCCUCAAUAAUUAUGUAAAUCCGAAUUACACUAGUAAAUUACAACAACAGUAUCCAGUAAAUACAAUGAAAAACAAUCGUAAAUAUUCAUUACCCAGCACAAUACAGCGGUCAGAAACACAAAUACAUUCUAGGACUUUUGGGCGUUUACCAAUAUCAAGAUCUGGUAAAGUGUGUAUGGAAAAACAAUCUACUGAACAACACGACCAUCGCCGUUGUCAAACUCUACCACAUUAUCAUCAUAAUCGGCCAAAUCGUAUUGAUCCUCGUUACGGUUUUAAACGACCAUGUUGGUCUUCAGUGCCUUUAAUUAUUCAACUGAAUAAAACAUCUCAUGGUUUUGGAUUUAGUAUAGCUGAAUAUGAGGAACUACCUGUUACUGACUUAGAAGGCAAUACACUCCGUAAAGCUUGUUCACUUGAUAGAAGGAUUUCUAAUAUGAUUGAAUCUGAUCGUCGAUCAUUUCAUUCCUAUUAUUCUACCGGUUCUACCAUUGCAUCAUUAUCAUUGUUACCUGGUAAGAAUUCCAAAUCUUCCAGUAGAUUGAAACGAAGAUCCACGUGGUCUAGUCGCUCCAAAUCACACGGUAUCUUAUUAGUUGACAGUUUAACUCCAGGUGGUAUUGCACAGUUGGAUGGACGUAUAUCAAUCGGCGACAGGCUGUUAUUUGUUAAUGAUAAAAACUUAAUGAAAUCUAGUGUAUUUGAGGCCGCUACUACACUAAAGUCCCUUCCUAAUGGACCAUGUUUAAUUGGUAUUGCAAAAAUGCAGUUAGAAUCAAAUGAAACAGAUGACAUUCAUGAAAAAAGCCAACAACAAUUACUACUGCCAUACCCUGUUGUCUCUUCUAGACCUUCUGUGAUUGGCAUGUUUCCAGAUACUGGUGAAAUGAAAAAGAUCAGUGUUAAGUCUGAUCUAGCAUAUCCAUUACACGUAAACACUGGUGAUAGCACUAUCGAUAAUGACGAUAAUAAUACGAUUAUGAAUGGUCUCAAUGCAACUGGAACUGAAGAUUUGGCUUUAGAUUUUUACACACUACCAUUACUUUGUCCAAAUCCUCAACUACAUGCACCCGAUUUACAAUAUGUCACUCCAGUUGACCCAACAUUAGAGAUAUCUGAGCAUUUGGAACGUGGAUCUUUACCGAUAGGUUUAAAGUUAGAUGCAUUAGCCUGUCAUGGACAAGAUGGUUGUCGUGUCGUGCAAGUUUUAGGUGGUGGGGCUGUAGCUCGUGAUCAAGUUCUUGUCACAAAUGAUUAUAUAACUAGUUUGAACGGUCUUUCUAUGCGUUAUUUAGACAAUUUAAAAGCAUUUGAAAUCUUACAUUCACUAUCGCAAAAUUCAGCUGUGAUUCACAUAACGUAUUUUCCUGCUUCCGUUAUUGAAUCUCAUCGAAUUAAAUGUUUAUCUAAAACAUUGAAUAAAACGAGUGAAAACUCUUUACAGAGAAGUUCUUUUCCAUAUUCGUCCAUUGUGCAACCUAUAAAUUGGUCACCUCCGGUUGCAAUUGUACUUCAUCGUUUAGAUACUAGUCAACCCUGGGGUUUGGUUGUAUCUGGUUCUGAUAUUUGUUCAAAAUUUAAUUGUUCAGCACCAAUGAAUUUAGAAAAUCCAAGCAUUGUAUCCGAGAUAUUGCCCAAUAGCGUAGGAAAAAAUUGUAAAUUGCUUAGUCGUGGUCUAUUGAUCUUACAAAUUCAAGGUAUCGAUGUCUCCACCAAAGGUCCAAAUUAUGUCAAUGCUUAUCUGCAGUAUCUGUCGGAUCAGCCUAGUCUACGUGAAAUUCACAUAGUUGUGUGCCAUUUUAAUGAUGACUGUACAAAACAUAUUAUUAAUGGUGGUGUUGCUGAAAUGCUUAAUCCAGGCAAUCAAGUUAAUAUUACCAAUUAUACUACUACUACUACUACUACUACUACUACUACUACUACUACUACUACUACUACUACUACUGCUACUACUACUACUACUACUACUACUACUACUACUAAUAAUAAUAAUAAUAAUAAUAAUAAUAAUAAUAAUAAUUUUACUGAUAAAAUGGAGUUAUCCAACUAUUUAAAUAUAUCCACACCUAUCAAUAGUCAACUAAUAUGUGAUCAUAUUGUCCACCCAGGGACAUCUCCAAGUUCCAGUGAUAUGGAAGAUCCUGAACCACUGACUGAUAUGGAGUCUCGUGAUGUGGUGGAUAUUUUAUCUCGAUCAGUGCCGUCGCCAGAUCCGAAUAAUUCUUCCGAUUCACAGCAUAAUACAUAUAGGAAAACUACUCUAUGUUCAUUAUCUCAACUUUCAUCGCCUAUUUUAAAAGAUGAGGAUAACGCUGUCAGUACUGAUGUUAUGUUUUCAACGUAUGAAAAAUCCGAUAAAAAAUCAAAACUACAAAAUGGCUGGGUUAGUGACAGUGUUUGUAGUUCUAUUUCUCCGUCAUUUCCUCCACCUCCACUACCUCCUAGACGAUUGUCUACAACAUCUAAAGAACAAGAGGCGACUGGUUAUUUAAAACCUAUGGUAGUUAAUGAUUCAAAUGUAAAUGAAUUAAAUUUCUAUAGUCCUGUGAAGUUGUACACACGUGAUAGUCAAGAUGAGAUACUUGUUAUUCGUCUACCAUUACUAAUUAAUUCUUCAUCAAACUACACCCAUAAUGUUAACGAAGAAACGGGAAAUUUGGGUUUGCAUCUUGUAAGCUGUUCUAAUUCCGAGAGUAUGGCUACAUUUGUUGCAAGCUGUCAAACGGAUUCUAGUGGCGGUCUUGAGUGUGGAGAUGAAAUUGUACAGGUUGAAGACGUCAAUGUCUGUGGGUUAGAUCAUAUUUCCGUUCAACAGAUUAUCCACUCAAAAAUUACCGAAUUAAUGUCGAAUAAGUAUUCAAUCAAUAACUCAAGUAAUAAUUAUUUUAGUGGUAUUGAUAAUAAUGGACAAGUGAGUGAUUCUGAUCAAUCAGUUAUCAAAUCUUUCGUUACACUAAUCAUAAGACGAAAUCCAAAAAAUUUGUCAUUAAUGUCAUUUUCACGGGAGCGCAAUGAUUCACCGUUGAGUGUAGAUAAUUUGACUGGUAGCACCUGUUCAAAAGUGUUAUCGUCAUCACCACCUAAUCCAUUACCAACUGGUUCAAAGCCAAUUCCACAUACAUUUCUAAAAGAGAUCAUGGUUGAAUUAAAUGAAGAUUUUUGGAAAUUUCAACUAUUCGACAUUAUAUUGGAGAGAGGUUCAGACGGUUUCGGUAUUUUCAUCGUUAAUUUGAGUCCAAACAAUGAACCUGGUGUAUUCGUCAGCGAAAUCCGUCCAAACAGCCCAGCACAACUACAAGGAGUUCUUAAACCUCAUGAUCGUAUACUAGCUAUUGAUGGUCAACUUCAAUGUGAUUAUGAAAGUACACUGGAAUUGUUGCAAAAAUCAAGAAAAUCUGUACGCCUAACCAUCGGUAGACAAAUACCUUGUCACAGUGACUCACAACAAAUGCUACAAUUUGGAUAUGUAACUACAACAGGGGAUAAUCCAGACAAUGAUAUAAAGCAUCAUAAAUUAUCCAUUAUACCUGGGAUUCCUGCUACAGUUACUCUGUACAAGACUGACGGAGGUCUCGGAUUCUCGAUUGUCGGUGGAAGUGACACAGUUUUGAGUAACAUUUUGGUCCAUGAAGUACACUCUGGUGGAGCUGCUGCACGUGAUGGUCGGCUUCAAGUUGGUGACCGCUUAUUAGCUGUCAAUGGGAUCGAUCUUCGUGAAGCUACCCAAAAAGAUGCCACAAAGAUUAUACGAACAGCUGAUGACUGUAUCCAAUUGGUUGUGUACAGAGAUCCUGAACCACAAUAUAUAAAUCAAGGUGUAUUCGAAUGUCAUAAUGUUCACUUGAAACGUGAUAUGCCUGGACAAAGUUUUGGUCUGUCAUUGAUUGGUCGACCUCAUUAUUCGACUGGUACAGCUAUUGGAGGCAUUAUAGAGAAUAGUCCAGCUGCUCGUUCAAAUCUUUUGGAAGUUGGUGAUAUAAUUUUAGAAAUUAAUGGUUGGGAUAUGCGUUUGGCUAAAUCAGAUGAAGUAGUCAAUUUAUUAAAGAAUGCACAUAGCGACGUGAAGUUAUUGAUUGGACGUUACAAAACUGGGCCAUCAAUGCAUGCCUAUCCUCGAAAUCGAUUAAAUGUCUAUGUGGUUGUACUUGAACGUCGUCAAUUUGGCUUUUGUAAUGAUCGUCCUCAGGCGGGAAAACCUUAUUCUAAUGAUCCUGAUAUUCUUGUUGAUUCUGUCUGUCAAAAAACUGAUGAAAAUGAAUUACACGAUUUAAAAUCAUCAACCAACUGUAUUACCGUAAACAGCGAUCAGAAGAUUAGUGGUGAUGACGGUAAUAAUAACAAUGAUGAAAUUGCUUCAGCUGCAUUCGGUUUGCGUAUUCGUUAUGCGAGUUCACAAGAAUUAUGGGACUCACACAUUCGACUAAUCGUAGAUAGUAUUCAACAUGACAGUCCAGCAGAUCGAUUAGGAAUGAUAAUGCCGGGUGAUCGCCUGUUAAGUAUAGAUCGUGAACCGGUAGAUUGGUUGAACCCAACCGAAGUGGUCCAGCUAUUAGCUAAUCUACUGUAUUGUACAAUUGAAUUAGGUCGUUUACCGUAUUUCAACGCACCAUUAUCUGCUAACAAUAAUUCUAUAUCAGAUAAGUGCUUUAAGCCUUCUCCACCACAGGUCACUUCGUCAUUAUCUCCAUCUCAUCGAAUUCAACAAGAUGAACAUGAUAUGUUUCCACCUUAUCCACCUCCGUCACUAGAACUGCCGACAUUAUUUGGUGGUAUUAUGCCAUGUAUUGAAACACCAAGCUUUUUAAGAGAUAUGUGCACUUUGCCUGAACUACAAGAUGAAGAUGAUGAAAGUAAGAAUAAUAAAAUUAGAUUUGGACAUCGUGAGAAUGAUAAUCAUUAUCGGUUACCUGAAUCUACUUAUUGUGCAAUUAAUUCAAACAAUCAACAAGACCAAAUUGAUUCAAUGUUGAAUAUGACACCUUUAAAUGAAGAAGAAAUUGAAAAGGCUUUAGAAUUAGCUGGAAGAGGCAGUGGAGGAUUUUUUGUACGACAGAUUUAUUUACCAGCCGCACCAGUUAAUACUAACAAUAACACCAAUUCUAGUCAUAUAUCAAAUAUUCAUUUAGGUUUACGUUUAGUUAGUGGCCCAGGUGUUAGUGGACCAGUUGUUGUUCGUAUUGAGCCGAAUUCAUGUGCUUCUAGAACCGAUAUUCAGAUUGGUGAUCGUAUUCUGGGUCUAGAUGAUAAACUGUUACUUUCUUUACGUCAAGAUAAUCAUUCUGCUGAUGAUAUACUAUGUACAAUUGAAAAUGAUUGGAUUACACGUUCAAUAAAUUCUCAGUUGACUUACGAACAAAAUCCCUGUUGUUUAACAAUUAUUAGUUAUCAUAGUUUACCAUUGUUUAGUUCACUUGGUAAACAAGAAAAUGAUUCUAAAAUUGAAGAAAAGAAUUCAAAUAAAAACCUAGAAAAUAAUGCACAACUUACUAUAUCUUUAACAAAUUUACAUCUAACCAAUGGUAAUACUUCUAAUUGUCAACAUAGCAUUAGUAGUAUUGAUAUGGGAAAUCCGAAAAAUCACGUGGUAUCUGAUACUACUACUCCUUUACCAUUCGAAUCCAAAUCACCUAAUUUGAAUCUUUCCGAUCGACUAACGCUACUUGGUGUCUUUUGAAAGUAUUGAUGAGACGUAAUUGAAACAUAUAAUGCAACUUGUUGCUUCUUAAUUUUUCCGACCGCUCAAGUAUACUGAAUCUUCAUUUUCUGCAUCUUAUUAAUAUAUGGUGGGUCAUUAGUCGAAAAUUCGAGUACUUUUAAUGACUUUGGUCAAUUGUAGGGUUAGUAUAUGUGAGAGUUAUAUAAUGAAAUGUAUUUUAUUGUAAUGAUUGUCACCUACCUUCUGUGUAUCGAUUGUAUUGAGUCAAAAUAUACUGGGUCAUUCACAAAAAAUGUUUUCGUUCUUACUUAUUUGACCUGCCUUACCCGCAUUUUAUCAAUUAUGUAUUUAGUAAUGGAUUAUAAAUUAUUACAAUUUAAGAGACUGACAAAACACAACUUCAUUUUUGUGUAUCUGAUUCAUGGCACCCGAUUUCUCAUUACGUUGUUGAAAAUAAGAAAUUUAUUUUGAAUAACCGGGCUUCUUUUUAAACGUAUUUAGCUUUAAGUCAUGUACAAGAAUAUGCAUUUGGGUUCUCAAUAACGCUAUAUUAAGAAAAUUUCAAUUACAAGUUAUCCUUGACCACUAUUAGUUCUUUUAUUGACUUUAUAUAAUCUACACAUAUGCUGCUAGAUUAUAGUUUAUCGCACGUGGAAAUUAGUCAUUUAUUAUGUGAACCUUAUUUUCUGCUUUUCGAUGCUUUAAUUUUAUUCAUUCAAAACUAGUGAGUAAAUUCCAACAAAAUGGAGGAGUUGGGCACCCUCAUUCAGAUGAGGAGCUACAUCCAAAUUCACCAUCAUUACAUAAUCACCGCUAUGAAUUGUCUCUUGAACCAAGCGAUGAUGUCAUACAUCGCUUACCGAAUAAAAAUCUGUUUGUAGAUGACGCGAUCCACGUGAUAUGCGAAAAUGCUAGUACUACUAACAACAAAAAUAAUGGACAACAUUCAUCAUGUGUUGAAUCGGUAUCAUCACUUUCAACACCGCCACCUGACAAUGAUGGCGUUAUGUGCAAUCGCCCAUUGAUGAAUAUAAAUCGUAAAUUUUCUAUUCAGAAUAAUCAACAUGUCUAUAAUAACAAUGGGAUUAUGAAUAACAAAGCAUGCCUUUAACACCGACAAUAACAACAGAAAUAUACAAUGAUAUAUCUAAACAAACAGGCUCGUAUAAAUAUAAAUAAAAUGAAUACAAUGAUUUGUAUUUGGUUUUCUCCUUUUCUUAUGUAAUAUUUUAUUCUAAACACUUGGUUUGUUUAUUUCAAAUUGUUAAUAUGCUGAUUUAUUAUUUUUUUUGAUUGAGAUUUGUGUUAAGAAUAAUUCUAUUAUUACCCCUCUCUCUCUCUGCGUAAUUUUUUUCUGAAUAAAAAAUCAUCAAUUAUUAUUUGUAAAAUGAAAAAUAUUCCCUUUUAUCAUCAAUUAUCCUCUAUCAAAAAAUCACACAGACAGUUCAGCCAAUUAGUAGUGACUGUCGUUGGUGCAGUUGGGACUAGGAAUUUCAGAACAAUUUAUCCACUCUGUAAUUCGAUUGCGAAGUGCAAGUUGCUCGUUUCUGAAAAAUAUUAUAAUUAUUAGCUUCAUUCAUUUUUUUCAACUACACUUUAUGUCUAUCAUAAUUAAAAGGAUUUCAAUGUUGCAUACUUCCCUUUUUCCGAAUGUGAAAUUCUUUACCUAAUUUGAUUAUUUUUACGAAUCUGGAAAGUAAUUUCUUACAUGAAAUCAACAUAUAAUUGUGAAUAUAUGGAUAUUUUUGAUUCAGUAUAUAUAAACAAAUAAAAUGAGCACUGUCAUCAAAUACAGUUAUUGUGCAACCUUUCAAA